UUGUUGAUUUAUAAAACAACUGAGCUUUUCAGUGUUUGUUUCUAUUCGCGCCAUGAUCAUUGUUUUGUUGACCUGUUUGCUCUGUGGUGUAUCUGCCCAGGUCGUUGAAACCCGAUUGGGUAAGAUUCAAGGGACUUCAUUGAUUUCGAGAUCUGGAAAGGAGUAUUUGGCGUUUUUUUCGAUUCCUUACGCAAAACCUCCUAUCGGAGAUUUAAGAUUAAAGAAUCCUCAGCCAUCUGAGAAAUGGGAAAACGUGUUGGAUGGCACGCAACCACCAUCUAUGUGUGUUCAGUUCAAUCUUCAUGCAGCAAAAGGGAAAAGGGACGCUUUUGGUUCAGAGGAUUGCCUUUACGUUAAUGUAUUCACACCAGAAACCAGCCCAAAAGAGCUUCUACCAGUCUUAGUAUUUAUCCAUGGCGGCUCAUGGAGAGCAGGCGGUGCACCGGGGAAAUAUGGAGCUGGGUAUAUCAUGGAUGAAGACGUCAUCCUCAUCACUAUGCAGUACAGGGUUGGGAUAUUGGGCUUUUUAAGCACUGAAGAUGAUUCGAUUCCUGGCAACUUUGGCCUUAAAGAUCAAGCCCAGGCGUUGAAAUGGGUCAAGGAAAAUAUCAAAUCAUUCGGUGGAGACCCAGAGAAAAUAACAGUCUUCGGAAUGUGUGCAGGUGGUGCGAGUGUCUACUAUCAGGCCAUAUCACCGCUCACUAAAGACCUGAUACAAGGAGCUAUUGCUGAAGGAGGGGUCGCCAACAAAUUUUGGGGCUUGGCGCAACCUGGAAGUGCUAAGAAAUUAGCUAACAAAUUAGCCGGCUUUCUCGAUUGUCCCCCAACCUCGGAGGAACUAUGGAAAUGUCUUAUAAAUAAAAAAGCAACGGAUAUUCAGGAAGCUGAAGAAAAGUUUAUCUAUUGGGACAUAGAACCAUUGGUGGUAUUUCAGCCAGUAAUAGAAAAACCAAAUGAAGGAGCUUUCUUGACAGAGGACCCAAUGAAAACCAAACUGACCUUACCAUUGAUCACAGGCUUUUCAAAUGAUGAAGGCUUAAUUAAAAUUGGAUCGCUUGCUGGGCGAGAUGAAUCUGAAACUGAAUUGUUUUUGAACAACACAGAACAAUAUCUGAAGAAAAUGCUUUAUGUGGAAGAAUCUGAGGAGCUGGAUCAGACUGUCAAGGCAAUCAUGGAUCGCUACUUCAGUGGUACUUUGGACGACAAAAUCAACGGACUGAAAGAAUUUUACAGUUUUAUGUACUAUGUGACACCAGUUUACAAACUGCUUCAAACUGAAGGAGAAAACAUUCACAUGUAUGUUUAUAACUACAAAUCUGGCCAGUCUGCAUACAAUCUUUUCUCUGGUGGAAAGAAUUUCCAAGGCGUAGGGCAUGCAGAUUCAUUAUUGAUAUUAUUUAACAUGACUGAGCAUUUCCCAAAUAAGAAUCCCGAUGAGGAAGAAGCAUCAAAAAAUCUUAUCCAAUUGUGGACCGACUUUGCCAAAUCUGGGGAACCAUCACUUGAGAAAAUAUCGUGGAAGGAAGGAAAAACUGGUGACUACUUAGAAAUUACUAAAGACAAGAUGAUGAAGAAGGACUACAAGAAAAAAGAAUUGCAGUUUUGGAUGGAUCUUCCUUUGAUCAAGAAUAUUAAUAUUGUGACACACUAUUUGUAAAUAUAUAAUAAAUAAAGUGUUUUCAAAGAUUAUAUUAUGAUGUAACAUUGUAUAACCAAAACAAUUAUGC